AUGGCUAUCAGAGUCCUCCUGGCGUGCUUGGGAGCAUUUGCGAGCAGCGCAGUCCUUGCUGCUCCCGCUCCCAGAGCUUCAGCACCUACGGUGACUCUCGACAGUGGGACGUUCACCGGUGUUGCGUCGGGAAAAAUCAACAAGUUCCUGGGCAUCCCUUACGCUCAGCCUCCGACUGGUGACCUCCGCUUCAACCUACCCCAAUCGGUGGCUGCGUACUCCGGCUCCUACGAUGCGACGAGCUUCGGAAAUGAAUGCCCUCAGCAGGCCAUAAACCUGCCUCUGGGAAAUGGCUUGCUGGCGAACGAAACCAAUUUCAUUAUCAAUACCGCCUAUCGCCUCAUAACCGGUCCGAUCGGUGAAGACUGUCUUCAUCUCAACGUGUGGACGCCUGCUUCGGCAACUCCUAAUUCCAAACUCCCAGUCGCUAUGUGGAUAUUCGGAGGUGGAUUCGAGAUCGGUGGGACAUCGAUCUAUGAUGGUGGAGGAAUAGUACAGCGGUCACUCGACCUCAAUGAACCAGUUGUAGUUGUAAGCAUAAAUUAUCGCGUCUCAGCUUGGGGUUUCUUGGCCGGCUCCGAAGUGAAGGCUGCUGGAGUAGGAAACCUUGGGCUCCAAGAUCAGCGCGAGGCAUUGCGCUGGAUCCAAAAAUAUAUUGGGCUGUUCGGUGGGGAUCCUAGUAAAGUCACAAUCUGGGGUGAAAGCGCCGGAGCAAUCUCGGUAGCCUUGCAAAUGGUUACGAAUGGCGGUAACACCGAGGGUCUCUUCCGAGGCGCGUUCAUGGAAUCUGGCUCACCCAUCCCAGUGGGCGACAUAUCGCAUGGUCAGAAGUACUAUGACUCCAUAGUGGCGGCCACUGGGUGCUCUGGUGCUUCUGACACCUUGCAGUGCUUGCGAGGGGUUCCCUUGAAUACCCUGCAGAAGGCUGUCGAUGCAACGCCGGGAAUUUUCUCGUAUCAGUCAUUGAAUCUGGCUUGGCUACCUCGGGUGGACGGAGUGUUCCUAACGGACACUCCCCAAAAUCUGGUCCUUUCAGGGAGCGUGGCAAAGGUUCCCUUCAUUACAGGCGACUGCGACGACGAAGGGACACUGUUCUCCCUGACAAAUCUCAAUGUCACCACUGACAGUGAAACGCGCACGUACAUCCACGACACUUACAUGCCAGCAGCCUCGACUGAUGAGGUCAAUAAACUGUUAACGUACUACACCGCGGACAUCACCAAUGGCUCGCCGUACGAUACGGGUAUCUUUAACGCGCUGACGCCACAGUACAAGCGACUAGCGGGCAUCCAAGGCGAUCUCGUUUUCCAGGCUCCUCGCCGAUUCUUCCUGCAGAAGCAGGCCGGGGCGCAGAAAGCCUGGAGUUUCCUGAGCAAGCGCCUGAAGGCUUUCCCAGCUCUCGGAUCGGCACAUGCAACAGACAUUCUGAAUGUCUUCGCAGGGGGAGACAUGACGAGCUACCUUGUUCAGUUCGUCAAUAACCUCGAUCCCAACGGGAAAGCCAACCUUCUCCAGUGGCCACAGUACACGACCGCAUCCCCAAAACAAAUGACGUUCCUGGAUGGUCUGACGCCGAGAGAAGUAACCGACGAUACCUACAGGGCUGAAGGCAUUUCUUACAUAACGGAACUUUCUCUGAAGUACCCGCUUUAAGGAGUAGAUAGAGCUAUGUGAAUGCGAUUAUGUACUACUGUUUGCCAGGGCAGUUUACG